UGCACCCCGGGCACAAACUGUAAUGGUAAAAAUCCCACAUUUAUGUUAUAAAAUGUAUUUUACUUUCACUAAUUUGUAUAUACAUCAGUCACAAAGUCACAAAUGCUGUUAUCUUUGCAGUGAGGAUUUCUUUACGAAAUAAUUAAGGGAGAAGCAAGAUAUUUAUUUAAAGAACUAUUUCAUCAUUAUAUAUGUUUUAAGCUCAGUUCAGUGGAUACUCUGCCCUCUACUUCAACAUUACCUGUGUGCACCGGGACCUCUGACUCCAGAAACACUUCUGUGCCCCCGAAAUUCUUGGUACAAGCUUUGGGGCGUGGGCUCAGCCUGAGGACAGGCAGGUUCCCUGGGGUGUGCCCAGGUGCUGCAGGGGGUUUGUGUGCCUUUGUUUUGCAAAUCUUUGCAGGAAAUCGACGUGGGAAGGUGCUUGGGCAGCUGCUCCUGGGGGGGAUCCCUGCUUGCUUGGGUAAGCACAGCUGCCAGGAUGUGGCUGUUCUCUUUCCUGGGAGCAUCCGCACACAUUCAGCGCAGGUUUGAGCUGGUUCCAUUCCUCUCUGGGAAUGCAUCUGCUGCUCCUGGGGCAGCGUGGCCAGAAGCAGGGGGUGGGUCACCCUCUGGGCUGUGUCUGGCCAGCAGCACCCUGCUCCAUCGCUCCAGAAGACCCUGCCAACAAUGAUACUGAAUUAGGUGUGUUGGGCAGCUGGUGAGAGAGCUUGUGGUCCCCCAGCAGUCAGAGAUGGGUCCUGGCGGUGCCUUUCUCAAUGGGAUGGACCAUUCCUGCUCUCGCCUUCUGGCAAUGCCGAGGAGCAGGAGGAACAGGAGGAUGCUCUAGAGCAGCGAGGAUCUGAACAGUUGUUUCAGGCCACUUUGUGUUACUUGGAGACAUAAAAACAUGGCAAAUGCAAAGGGAAAUCACAAAUAACUCCUGCUUUGCACAGGCAGAGGAGGAGGAGAUGGUUCACCAGGUUACACCAGGAGUAAGGAAUAGAUGCCACUGGGAGAAAGCUGCCUCCCUUCCCCCAACCCUGGUCAAGGGCUCCUUUUCCAGAGGAUGAGAUGAAGCAUGCUGGGCAUGGGGACCAGGGGAUGUACCUGGUUUGUCUCUAACUGCAGGGAGCCGCGAGGCAGAGAGAAAGUCCUACUCUGGGCAGAAGCUGCCUCCAGCCACUGCAUCCCUCACCGGAUGAUGUACACAUAUUCAGGAGCCUCCAGGACAGCGUUGGCACCGGGAUUGCCACGCAGCAAUGCAAGUGCAGGGGGUAGUGGGAUAGGGAGCUGCAGGUGGGGCUCCUGCAAGACCCCCCGCCAGACUGUUUGUACUACGUGUAAAUGAGAGAAGGCUAUUUUUUGAAUCAAAGCUAUUUUAAACAGCACUCCUAUAAAUGAACCCUCUGCAAAAUAUUUUGCAGCUUGUAAAAUAAACAUCAUAGGCAAUUUGCGGCUCCUUUGGGUGCCGAUGUGCAGCUCCAUGGCCCCCAGAGUAUCUACCUGAGCAUCCCAGGAGGAUGUGGUGGGCACAGAGAGAUGGAGUUUGUACGGACCCGACCGUUCCCAUGUUCAAAAUGGGGAGCUGGAGAGGAGAGGAAAGAGGUCGGGAGGUGAGUUGGGACAGAGAUGUCCCUUCUCAAGCAGCCCUAGAUAUCGUGCAGACACGCCACGCCCCUGGCAAGGCAGGAGGAAGGAAAAGAUCCAGAGGAUACAAAUAGUUUCCUCUAGUGAUUAACUCAAACCUAUCAUUGCUCCCCUGCCUACUGGGGAUAAUUAACAGCCCUUUCACCAGCCAGGCAUUGGGUUAGAAUAAACUAUAGCCGCCAGCUGAGCAAGUAGCCUUUGGCUUGUCUCCCAGCACGGUGGCCUGGAAGAACCUUGGCCAGGUGAGUGUGGGGCCAGGAGCGCUGCUCCAUCCCUGCUGGCAGAAAGACAGAAGGAGCUGGCUCGGCACCUGCACCUGCCUUUCUUCAAGCCGAACCUCUUGCAGAGCUCGUGCCUGUGAGCCUCAUUUCCCUGUUCCCUGUAAGAUCUAUCAGGCUUUUCUAAUUCUGCUCUUUUGACCCAAAACUGUCAAACUGUGCUGUCAGAUAUUGAAUAACACUCAUUUUUUCUGUUCGGUCGCAUGGCAUUAAACCAAACAGCCAACACGGGGUCCGAGUGCACUGUGCCAACACGCCCACCUUCCCCAGCCCUGCUGCUCUAUGACUGGGGAAUAAGAGCAAAAGAACUGGUUGUUACCCAUCACCUGUAGGUUUCUCACAGUAUUUCAUUCAUGUUGAGCACUCAGGACUUGGCAGCAAACGCCUUUUAAUCCUCAGGAAGCCAAAUAGUUACUUGUUUUUUUUCUUUUUUUUUACUAAAAAAGAGUAAUUUUUCUCUGGUUCUCCUGGUGCAGCGUUAUUGCCACAGUCAAUCAAUGCUGUUAAAGCCAACAGCAUCCCGGGUGGGAUCAGCCCUGGUGUGGGCAGCAGGAGCAGAGAAGGGAUUGUCCCUCUGGACUCAGCGCUGGUGGGGCCCCACCUUGAAUCCUGGGUUCAGUUCUCACUCCAAGAAAGACAUUGAGGGGCUGGAGCAUCCAGAGAAGGGAAUGGAGCUGGUGAAGGGUCUGGAGAUCAGGGGUCGUGAAGAGCAGCUGAGGGAGCUGGGGUUGCUCAGUCUGAAGGAGGCUGAGGGGAGACCUCAUUGCUCUCUGCAGCUCCUGGAAAGGAGGUUCUGGUGGGGUGGGUGUUAGUCUCUUCCCCCAAGAAAGAAGUGAUAGGAUGAGAGGAAAUGGCCUCAAGUUGCACCAGGGAAGGUUCAGAUUGGCUAUGAGGAACAGUUUCUUUACUGAGUGGUGAAGCCCUGGCAGAGGCUGCCCAGGGCAGGGGUGGAGUCUCCAUCCCUGGAAGGGUUAAAAAAAUGUGUAGUUGUGGCAUUUGGGGACAUGGUUUAGUAGGGAUGGUGGGGUUGAGGUUGACAGUUGGACUGGAUGAGCUUAGAGGUCUUUCCCAAGCAUAGUGAUUCUAUGAUCCUAUGCAGCUCCUGGGGCUGCCAGUUUUCCACUGGAAUCAUAGUAUAGUUUGGGUUGGAAGGGACCUUAAAGCCCAUCCAGUUCCAACACCCCUGCCAUGGGCAGGGACAUCCCACUGGAUCAGGCUGCCCAAGGCCCAUCCAACCUGGCCUGGAACACCUCCAGGGAUGGGGCAGCCACAGCUUCCCUGGGCAACCUGGGCCGGUGUCUCACCGCUCUCAUGGGGAAGAAAUUCUUCCUAAUAUCCAGUUUAAAUCUGCCCCUUUCCAGUUCGUGCCUGUUCACCCUCGUCCUAUCCCCACAAGCUUCUAUGAACAGCCCCUCUCCAGCUUUUCUGCAGCCCCUUCAGGUACUGGAAGGUCAUUAUAAGAUCUCCUCUGAGCCUUCUCUUUUGCAGGCUGAACAACUCCAACUCUCUCAGCCUGUCCUCAUAGGGAAGGUGCUCCAGCCCUCAGAUCAUCCUUGCAGUCUCCUCUGGGCCCGUUCCAACAGCUCUGUCUCCUUCUUACUUUGAGGAUUCCAGAACUGGACACAGGACUCCAGAUGAGGUCUCCCAUGAGAGGAAUAGACUGCACCACGGUCUUGGCUCACCAGGCUCCUAGGUGCUCCUAGGAGCCCCCCAGACCCCCACCCUGCAGGCAGGACAGGGACAUGGGAUGGGGACAGUGAGCCCCAUGAUGCUGCCCGAGCUGCUGCAGCAGGACAGGGUUGGGAUGGGGAUGGAUGCUCCUCCAGCUCUGGCAGGUGGGCUGCAUUCCUCCACACAAAGGUCCUCCUGUUUGUCCCAUUAAUGCCAUUAUUAACCCCAGUUCGUCUCCUAGGGAGAGCAAACGCCGCCCAGCCAGGGCCCUGCGAGGGGCUGUGUCCCCAGACCACCGUGUCCCCUGCACUUGGGCUGAGCCGCCUCCUCUCCUGCUUGUGUACUGGGACGAAUUGGUGCAGGGAGCCCAGCUUUGCACCUUGUUAGCAUAGCAAUUACCUCUCUUUGCCCUCCUGAUUACUCUUGUGCAUAUUUGACUCCAGUCCACCUUUCCAGCUAUAAAUUCAGUGACAGAGAGGCAGAGGGAAGUGGAGCUGGGGCAGGGACAGGAAAGCCAUGCUGGGGACCGUCCUGCUGCUGCUGGCCUUGGCCAAGCCCGUGUGCCCGAGUCCGAGCGGAGUGACGAGCCGGAGGGCUGAGGCGUUGAAGAAGCUCCUGGAAGUCUUUGGCAUGGAAGAUCCCCCGCCUCCCCCAGCUCACUCCAAGCAGCCGCCCCAGUACAUGGUGGAUCUAUUCAACACUGUCGCCAACGCAGAUGGUGUCACCAAGAACCCUGACAUCCUGGAGGGCAACACGGUCCGCAGCUUCUUGGAUAAAACUCACGGCGAGGAGAUGCGGUUCCUCUUCAUCCUCUCCAGCGUGGCCAAGAACGAGAAGAUUCUGACAGCAGAGCUGCAUCUCUUCCGCCUCUGGCCGAGGGCCAGCAAUGGGCCCAAAAGACAGCACUUCUGCCAGGUCAGCAUCUACCAAGUGCUGGAGAGGAGCGAGCUGGAUGCCCCCGGAGGGAAGAAGCUGCUGGCGACCAGGCUGGUCUCACUGCAGGGCUCGGGCUGGGAGGUCUUUGCCAUCACGCAGGCUGUUCGUGACUGGACUGAAGAUGAAAGCAACAACCAGGGUUUGCUGGUGACAGUGCAGGGCCCGGGUGGGAGCCCGCUCAACCCACCACCACUGCGGUUCGCCUCUGGCAGGGACCACCAUGAGAGCAAGAAGCCCAUGUUGGUCCUGUUUACGGAUGAUGGGCGCCGGGGAGCAUCCCUGCCCACGGCCGGCUUCCCAGCAGAUUUACAGCCUCCUGCUCCCGUUCUCCCCGCCAAGAAGCUGACCGGGCGACGCAGCACACGCUCGCUGGACCAGCUUCAGCCCUGCCAGAGACAUCCCUUGUCCGUGGACUUUGAGGAGAUCGGCUGGUCUGGCUGGAUCAUCUCCCCACGGGGGUACAAUGCCUACCACUGCAAGGGCUCCUGCCCCUUCCCGCUGGGCGAGAACAUGCGGCCCACGAACCACGCCACUGUGCAGUCCAUCAUCAAUGCCCUCAAGCUGAGCGAGGGCGUGAGCAGCCCCUGCUGCGUCCCCGACAAGCUCUACUCCAUCAACCUCCUCUACUUUGAUGAUGAUGAGAACGUGGUCCUCAAGCAGUACGAUGACAUGGUGGCCGGGAGCUGCGGCUGCCACUGAGGAGCAGGAAGGUGGAACCACCACCGUGGCCGAGGCUGCUCCCGUCGGAGCAUCUCUGUGGGGCCUUUGUCCCCGAAACUCCCCACAGAAGAGACCACGGUGAGCAAAGCUCUGUCCUGGGGGCCAUCACCCCCUGGCAGUGCUGGGGAAGGCCCAGGGCUGAGCUCUAAUUAAAUUGACCUUAGUGAGCCCAAGUGAUUCCGGGGUGACGGCUCCAUGUCGGGGUGCCCUGCGUGGGGGGCAGGUUCGGUGCCCGCGCGGAGGCGUCCCACAGGCUGUACUAUAUGUAAAUAGCAAGAGCACUAAUAUAUGACAGAAACCGCCUGGACAGGGUCCUGUAAAUGUCUGUACAUUUCUGCAGUGUUGUGACUUGUAAAAUAAAUUCAGAGGAGCUACUAAACACCUUGUUCUCUGCAGGGAUGCUUGUGGGACCCCUGCUCAGGUUGAGGGCGAGCAAAUGUGGCACAGGGAGGGUUGGUGCAAGCAGAGAUGUUGGUUCCAUUGCAGCUCAGGUUCGGAGCAGGAGGUGUUUGGUUGCUGAGCCCUCUUCCUUGGAAGCCGGAUGAGCUCAGGAGGCAGCAGCCGGCCUGCAGUGCCGGGGGGGAGUCCCUGAGACACCGAUGGGGGGUGUGCUGACAGGGUCUGGGGGUCAGGGGGGAUGGAGAUCUGCCUGGAGGUGAUAGAAUCAGAGAAUCAUUGAGGUUGGAAAAGAGCUCUAAGUUCAUCCAGUCCAAGCAUCAGCCCGACCCCACCGUGCUGACUAAACCGUGUCCCGCAGCACCGCAUCUACACGCUUUUCAAACCACUCCAGGGGUGGGGACUCCACCACUGCCCUGGGCAGCCUCUGCCAUGGCUUCACCACUCUUUCAGAAAAGAAUUUGUUCUUAAUAUCCAAUCUAACCUUCCCCUGGCACAACUUGAGGCCGUUUCUUCUCAUCCCAUCACUUGUUAGUGGGAGAAGAGACCAACACCCACCUCACCACAACCUCCUUCCAGGCAGUUGUAGACAGCGAUGAGGUCUCCCCUCAGCCUCCUCUUCUCCAGGAUAAACAGUCCCAGCUGCCUCAGCUGCUCCUCACAGGACUUGUUCUCCAGCCCCUUCCUCAGCUCCGUUCCCCGUCUCUGGACGUGCUCCGAGCCCCUCAAUGUCCUUCUUGUAGUGAGGGCCCCAGAGCUGAACCCGGGAUUCGAGGCAGGAUCUCACCAGCGCUGAGUAACAGGGGGACAGUCACUUUCCGACACCCCAUGGCUGAUCCAAGCCAGGAAGCUGUUGUUCUUCUUGGCCACCUGAGCACACUGCUGGCUCACGAUGCUGCUGGGCAGGCGGGUGGUGGGAAGGAUGCUCUGGGUGAAGGUGAUUGGAGGAGUCUGUGCUGUGACCCCAGGGAAGGUUUCUCGUGGAAGAUUAAAUAGAGUGGAAGACAGAGCUGACCAAUGUUGUGGGGCCAGGGUGGUGCUGCGGAGUGGUAUAGAGGGGAGGUGUCAGAGGUCCAGGGACCCCAACUCACACCCGCUGGCACAGCCCCCUUGUCCCAGGACUCAGCAGGACCAUGGCCAUCCCUGCCAGAGGGCUCAGCUCUGUCAAGCCUCUUUCCAAUUCUUUCCAACAGCAGCAGCUUGACCAUGGUCCCAGGCUGACACCAGGACUGCCCCCCAGCAGCUCAUCUUGUGGAUGACCAAAUCCCACCCUGGCCUGGUGGGCACCAGUUUCCUCCCACCGCUCACCUGAAAGCCUCACCUGCCGCUGUUGGCCCUUCCCUGUCACUGCUGGCCCCAAAGUCUGAGGUUCCUUCUCCCCACUCCACCCAGGGGAAGGGUGAAUCACCUCCAGGAGCCCAUUGAUGGACACAGUCCUCCAGCAGAGGACAAACCUUCCCGUGCCCCACAGACAUGGCCCUGCUCUGUGCCCCACUGCCACCAGCAUGGGAACACAGGGCAGAGCCAACCUCGGCACACAGAGAUACCCAGCUCCUCUGCCAAGGACCAGGCACCUCAUCAGGGUGCCUCAUCAGGGCUCAGUAUUGGGUCCAGCCCUGUUCAAUGUCUUUAUCAAUGACCUGGAAAAGGCUGCCCAGGGAGGUGGUCAAGUCGCCUUCCCUGGAGGUGUUUAAGGAACGGGUGGAUGAAGUGCUGAGGGACAUGGUUUAGGGAGUGUUAGGAAUGGUUGGACUCGAUGAUCCAAUGGGUCCUUUCCAACCUUGUGAUUCUGUGAUUCUGUGACCUGGAUGAAGGCAUUGAGUGUACCCUCAGCAAGUUUGCAGAUGACACUAAGCUGGGUGGAAGUGUGGAUCUGCUGGAGGGUAGGGAGGUUCUGCAAAGGGAUCUGAACAGGCUGCACCGCUGGGCCAAGACCAAUGGGAUGAGGUUUAACAAGGCCAAAUGCCGGGUCCUGCACUUGGGGCACAACAACCCUGUGCAGUGCUACAGACUGGGGGAAGAAUGGCUGGAGAGCUGCACGGAAGAGAAGGACCUGGGGGUAAUGGUUGACAACCGACUGAACAUGAGCCAGCAGUGUGCCCAGGUGGCCAAGAAGGCCAACGGCAUCUUGGCUUGUAUCAGAAAUGGGGUCACCAGCAGGUCCAGGGAGGUUAUUCUCCCUCUGGACUCAGCACUGGUGAGACCGCACCUUGAGUACUGUGUUCAGUUCUGGACCCCUCACCAUAAGAAGGAUGUUGAGGCUCUGGAGCGUGUCCAGAGAAGAGCAACGAAGCUGGCGAGGGGCUGGAGAACAAGCCUUAUGAGGAGCGGCUGAGAGAGCUGGGGUUGUUUAGCCUGGAGAAGAGAAGGCUGAGGGGAGACCUUAUUGCUCUCUAGAACUACCUGAAAGAAGGUUGUGGAGAGGAGGGAGCUGGGCUCUUCUCCCCAGUGACAGAGG